AUGACGAGUAACAUGGUUUUCCCCAAGUUGCAUUGGGGUCAGUUUCCCAAAGAGCUCUUGGUUGAAAUAUUUAAUUAUUUGCCUGCUAAGGAUCUUCUGAGUUGUAUGAGUGUGAAUAACUUCUGGAAUUAUGUCGGGAGAGAAGAGAGACUUUGGAAAAAGCUAUUUCACAAUGAAUUUUUCUGGUUUUACUCCACACCUAAGAUUUACGAUAGCUUCCGUGAAGAGUUUUUAUAUUUCAAGCGAGAUAUGCCUCGCAAAGUUAUUUUUUCUGUUGAGCAUCAAGGUUAUAGCUGGCAAGUUCCCGUCUUCUCUAAUAAUGGAAAGUUUCUGAUAGUUUCCGGCAAACCUGCCAGCUUCUCGGUUUAUACAACAGAUGAUUUCGAGCUGAUAGAUGAGAGGUGUUUGAACUACUCGCUUGGAUGGCUUUCAAUUGAUUCCAUGUAUUUUUCUCCGGAUGACAGCAAAGUUCUCAUCAGCGGAACAAGGGAAGGAGAUCCUGGAGAAGUUGCUGUUUUUUCUGUUGAUGAUGCCACCAAGAGAGUUCACUUCCUCUGCAGAGUUCUAUCUUUCCCCAAGACCCUGGGAAGCUGGUUUGAUAACGAUCAUAUUCUUGUUGGAGAAUACUAUGAGUUCUGCUUCCAAUCUCCCAUCGCCUCUUCGAUUUCUCAAAUAUACUUGUGUUCGCUACCCAAACACAAACACGAUAUUUCGAACUUCUAUCCUUUCUUGAGGUUUCUUAAUCAAAAAUGUAUGGUUCUAAAUCCACUUGUUACCAGCACAGUGUCUUCAAGGUUUCGACGAGUUGUACAAAUAGGGCAACAAGCUAAGCAAGAGGGGAAGACGUUGGCUGAAAAGCUACAAGAAUUAGAUUUGCACACGGAUGGAGACAGUGGGAGUACCAUAAAAGAACUCAGAGAGGUUCUCGAUCAGGAACAACAGUGUUUCCGAUGUUAUUUGAAACAUACCCUUACGAAAGAGGAAUAUGGCGGAAGUACAGAAUGUAAUUGUUUAUGUCAUCAAGCUUACCAUAAGAUGCUCAUUUACGUUACGGGUGAAUUUCGAGAACGCAUAUGCUUCAAACUAUUGGAUCAUGAGCUGGUCAAUGAUGCUUUAACUCUCAAACGAUUCAAAUUGCCAGAAAGCUCGCCUAAGACAGACGAACAACCCGAAGAUCGAUGGGAAUAUAUUAUGAGCAGGGUAGAUCAACCAGAUCAUCAUAUCGAUUUUGGCGGUUGUGUAGUUCAUAUUUGGCUCUCACCCGAUCAAAAACAGCUGUUUGUGAUAUUGAAGACUGUAGCUGGAGAUGGUGAUAUAGACGCUAAUGGCAUUUGCAAUGAAGUUCGCGUAAUUGAUCUUGAUAAGAUGAUAGUCGAUCCAAUAGGAUGUAGAGGAACACUAAAACCCUUGGGAUCGGGACAUGUAUCUUGUGGAUCGCGCUUGGCAGUGAGUUAUGCGGAGAAUGAUAUAAACAUCUGGUCAACACAUCAUUUGGGGUUGCCGGUGAGCAAGCUUCAUGUGGAUCUUCCGAUUAGCUCUGUUGCCGUUCAUCCUUCCGGGAAUUAUUUGGCCGUUACAUGUGGCUGUGAGCUACGCAUUUAUGAUAAAUAA